UAUUCAAACAAACUACCGUAUGGAUAGAGGGCGGAAAGAAGACACGCUGUUUCAUGCUGUUUUUCUGGUUUUUUAGUUUUUGGCUGCUUUUAGUAAUACUAAAGGUGAUUUGUUAAAAUAUCUGGAGUGAAUAAGUAAUUAAAAUGGUUCGUUUAAGAAACAGGUAUCUCCUUUGUGAAAUCAUCUUUGAUGAAAGAUAUGCAAAUUACCCAGCAGUUGUGUCAAACGAUAUUCUUAGCGAGAUCAAAAACGCUGUUGUGCAUACUCAUGGGGACUAUGGCAUGGGUGCUGUGCAACUUGGAUUGAAUGUGAAAUACUUGAAUCCACACACGCAGAUAUUCAUAGUUCGAUCCAGAAGGUCAUCUUACAAGAUUGUGUGGACCUCCUUGCCAUUUGUAAAUAAACUGUGCAAGAAGAUAUGUAAAAUUAAUACAUUACAUUGUGGAGGAACAAUUCGGACUUGCCAGAAAUUCCUCCUUAAGUACCAGCGACAACAACUCUCAGGGGUUCUUCUCAAGUGUCAAAGUGAUGAGGAGAGGAAGGCGGUGAAAGAGUCGAUACUAAGCUGUACACUCAAGGAAGACACAGAAGAUUUUAUGGGCGAGGAUGAGGAGGAUAUUGACAGUAGCUGACGGAGAAUGUAUUCAGUGUUUGUUUCUAUUUUGGUUGUUUUUAAGACAUUUUCCAUUAUGGCACUCGAUGACAUGUUAGCCUGCAGUCAUGUCAGUUUCAGAUCCUGUUGCUAUGGCACUGCUGGGAAAACGCAGUGUUACUGUCAGAGACAGAAGUUGGCUGGAAUGAUUGCAUGCAAUAAUGUAUGCAUAGUAGUACACAGUGGCAUAUCUAAGAUAUUGAAAAAGGCCACAUCAGUGUCUGCAAAUAACUUCUAGAAAGAGCCCUAGAUAUAACACUGGUAGUAGAGUUGUAGCCUGGUGAUUUCAAUGUGUCAUGGUUUCAAAUCCUUUAAAAUGGAAAAACUAUUUUUAGAGAAAAACAAUUGCACACUUUUAAGCCUGAUAAUGAGACUUGGUUUAUAACACAUCUUGUUGUUUAUACCAUGUGAAACAAUUCAACUCCCUAAGCCUCGCAUUGUUUAUAUGAUGCAUAAUGUGAAGCAAUUCUACUCACUAAGUCUUAAAUGAGUAUGGAGGGUCAUGUAAAUACACAGAUAAAACAUGCAUCAAGUUGAGAACUAUGUUGAUAUACAAGGUAUUACUGAAAAUUAUUAUAUUUGUAGCAUGUUGGAAGGAGGAAAUGUGGGCUUUCUAUAAGUUGAUACUUUCUGAAAUUACGUAAAUGUUGCACUGAAAAUACAGUAUAUGUUUUAGUAAACUUUAACUUUUGUGUGAUAAUCGUUUCUGUAUGAUAAAGUUAAAAGUAAAUGUAUAUACUGUACAAUAUACUGCAAAGAUUUAAUAUGAAUGAGGUACUUAUCAGUGCAGGUGGGUGAAGUAGACUGGUGUUGCCUUUGUAUUGCCCACAGCAAUCUUAAUUCUGCGGUAACAUAGGUUGGCACUUUCAAUAAAGGGAAAUUGACACAUUUUAUGCUGUUUUAGUGCAUAUUUUUCUUACACCCAAUCCUCUCAGACUACCACCAACCAUCAGCGGAGGACGUCGCGGACGUCAAGCGCUCAUGGAAACUGCAGAUAAAUUUGGUGUAUGCCCGGCUUUAGAUCAAA